UAGGGCUCCUCCUUCCGAUGCGGUGGGCGCGCAAGGCGAUUGAGCCUCUGGUCUUGCUGCGCUCGCGGAAAGGAGCAUCGUUCUCGUCCUCGGACGCCGGCGCCAGGAGCAAAUGGAUCAAAGUAGGGUCUGCGAGCUUGGGAGGGAUCGGGACGCUGGCGCUGGCUUGGGCGCUCACUGGCGAUGGCGAUCGGCAGCGCCGCCUGAAAUUGCUGUGGACUGUGCCUCUUCGUCUUGCUCGGGAUGUGGCUACAGCCUCGGCCAUUGUCGCAGAUUAUAAGUACUCUCUGUGGGGACUUGAAGAGGGCAGCUUAGAGAAGACUCUCGCCAAGCAUGAAGUUCACUUAAGAUGUGCCAAUCGACUCCAAGCUCUUUGUUUCAAGAACGGUGGAAUUUACAUCAAGCUUGGGCAGCACUUGGGGCAAUUGGAGUAUCUUAUUCCUCCCGAGUACGUCAAAGUGAUGCAAGAUUCUCUGCUUGAUAAGUGUCCCGUUUCUUCGUAUGAACGGGUGUGCGAUGUUUUCAAGUCGGAACUUGGUCGUCUCCCUCACGAGGUUUUCGUGGAGUUUGAUCCUGAGCCAUUUGCAAGUGCUUCUCUGGCUCAAGUUCAUGUGGCUAAAACACACGACGGGAAGAAAGUUGCGGUCAAGGUGCAACACAUGCAUCUCACGGACUCAGCAGCUGCAGAUACAGCUACAGUUGGUUUUGUUGUUAAUUUGGUUUACUGGUUGUUUCCAUCUUUUGAUUACCGGUGGCUCUUGGACGAGGUGAAGGAAAGUCUUCCAAAGGAACUCGACUUCAACAAUGAAAUUGAGAAUGCCAGAAUGUGCAUGGACAAUUUUAAAAAACUCUCGCCGCGUAUUGUGCCAUUUAUCUCUGUUCCCGAAGUUCACUUGGAGCUGAGUACCUCUAAGCUGUUAACAAUGGAGUUUAUCGACGGAAUCAAAGUCACGUCGGUGGAGGGAAUCAAGAACCUUGAUCUCCGGCCCAACGAUGUUGCUAAACUGAUAAGCGAGGCAUUUGCACACAUGAUUUUUCGCCAUGGCUUUGUGCAUUGCGAUCCCCAUGCUGCUAAUUUACUCGUUAGAGUAGCCCCGAGCGGAGGUGGUAUACUUGGACAGAGGAAACGACCUCAGCUUGUUUUGCUGGAUCAUGGAAUGUACAAAACGCUCGAACCAUCUAUACGAGCACACUACGCUGGACUUUGGAAGGCUCUUGUUUUUGCUGAUGCUCAGAAGAUCAAAGAGCACAGCUUAGGACUGGGAGCUGGAGAUUUGUACGUACUUUUUGCUGGAGUACUCACAAUGCGGCCGUGGAGUCGUGUGGUCGAGAGCUCUAUAGAUCACUUAAACGUCCCACCAUCGGAGGAGGGACGCGAAGAGAUUCAGAUGUACGCCUCGCAAUACGUCAUGGAGCUCUCGGAGCUCCUGCGAAGGCUUCCUCGAGUUGUGUUGAUGCUACUCAAGACGAACGAUUGCUUGCGAACUGUGGAUAGAGCACUGGGAGCUCCAGUGAACACUUACGUGAUUGUCGGGAGGGAAUCCUCUCGAGCACUAGCGAGACUCCAGCUGCGCGAAGGAGGAUCGAAUUUUUGGUCGUACGUCAGUGUUUUAGUCCAAAGGCUGGAAGUGGAGCUGCGGCUCUUGAGCCUCCAAGUGAUUGCAUGGGUGGCUCUUGCAUGGGAAAAGAUGAACGCAUCCAGGCCGUUGGUUAUCCAGCAAGGAUAAUUAGCACUGUGCCCGGAAGGCUACACUUGUCAAGGUUGUUGACCCUGCGGUGUGACGCGUGGCAGCGCUACCUGGGGCGUCCACCGCCCGCCACGUGUCUACAUGCAGGGCUCGGCCCUGGUGGUUUUUAUUCGAUGGAAGGAAGGAUGAAAAUAAUCUUGGAA